CGCCUAGCUAACACGAACGCAGAGCUACAAGCUUCUCCUGCUGAUAAGAGGCAUCGAUCGGCAUGAACCCGCCCACCGGUAUGUUUCCGCCGCCGCCGCCGCCGCCUUUCCACCACACGUUCCCGAUGCAGCCCCCGCCGUACUUCUACCAUGCACCCAUGUCGCCGGUAUGGGCGUCGUGGGCAGUCCCUGUGCGCUCCGUGUGGGCAUCCAACUUCAAGUACGAAUCGGAGAACCUCCUCCACGUGGCCAGGAGAGCCCAAUACGUCGCCGUCGACGUGCACUACCCGGGCGUCGUCCACCACCCCGGCAAGGACCACAACGCCCUCACCGUGGAGGAGCGCUACGCCCUCGUGAAGGCCAACGUCGACGGCCUGAAGCCGCUUCAAGUCGGCAUCGCGCUCUACGACAGCGACGGCGGGUACCUCGCCGCCUGGGAGUUCAACCUCCGCGACUUCCGCCCCCAUGCCGACCCGCACGACGAGAACUCCCUCGCGUACCUCGCCGGCCGCGGCCUCAACGUCAGCGCGCUCCGCGACCACGGCGUCAGCGCCGACAUGCUAAGCAAGAAGCUGUUUGAAUCCGGCCUGGUCGGCGCUCGGCGUGGGCGGUCGCGGAGUUGGAUCACCUACGCCGGGGCCUACCAUGUCGCAUACCUGCUCAAGAUUGUCACCGGCGGGGCCGCGCUGCCGCGAGACGUGGCCGGGUUCAACGCCGCCGUGCGGCGUUACCUCGGCGACCAGGUCUAUGAUGUGGCCAGGAUGGCGGCCGACUGCCCGGCCAUGCCGCGGGCGCUGGAGCACAUCGUCACUCACCUCGGCCUCCAUCCGCCGCUGGAGAGCCCUCACCUCGCAGCUGCCGCUGGCGUGCACGCGCUGCAGGUCUUCAUGCGGCUGAAGUACGUAGAGCUCGGCGGCGACGUGCGAAAAUACCGGGGUCUACUUAAAGGCCUGCACUAGCAGGUCGAUCUCACACCAACAAUGCUGAGCCGAGAAUCCGAGGCUCGUGCAAGGAAGACUGAUGCUGACUUGCGUCCAUGGUAACCCGAUCUGAUCAAGUCCUUGAAGUCCGAAGUCUGAAGAAUUCCGUUUCAAAAAAAAAAAAAAGACAAAAAAAAUAGGAAGAAUUCCUUCCCAUCGAAGAGAGUACUAAACCAGCGACAUUUAACAUGGACCGAAGAGAGUACUACACUUUUUCCAGUAAAGUCCAAAAAUUUCCGUUUCAAUGGAGUUUCGUAGUUUUCCCAACAACAAAAAAGUUCAGGUAACAGGUAGCAAGGAAGUACAGAGAGUUCGGCGGUGACGUGGAGAGGCAUCCACUACGUGGACACCAGCUAUGCUGAGUCGAUACUUUGAAGUUCGUGCAAGGAAGGCUGGCGCCGACUUGCAUCCUUUGGUAGCUCUAAUCAAGUUCUUGAAGUCUGAAGAAUUAGUAGUACUGCACUUUUGAAGUUCAAGUAUUAGACUUCGUUUUUUUCAGUAUAGCUUCAUAGUAAUGUUGCCCAUGUAAUCGCAAAAAAUAUGUUAGAGUUACAGUAUAAAGAUAUCCAAUUCCUUUUUCUUUUUUUGCAACGCUACCUAGCAGCGUUCUAUUGAAGAAAUAUCUUGUAGACUCUUUUGCUAUCUUUUAUACAAGAAAAGUUGUUAUGCAAUUUGCUCGUCGUACUCUCGAAAAAAUAGUAAUGUUGCCCAGGACCCAGGUAGCCGAAUCAAGUUAUAAAUAUAUGCAUCAUAUUCAAGACACGUCAC